CACUGAUCACACACGUUCCUGCAGGAACUGGCAGGCAUGGCGGGCUUCUGCACUCCUGCUGCCACUGCAGCUGCCCAUGCCACUCCAACCCCUCUGGCGAGCUCAAGGAAGCACAUCGUCAUGUGCCUCUCCCCCAAGCCAGGCGGCGGUGGCGGAAGCAAGAGGGUGCGGCUUGCGAGUACAGGCGCAGCUCCUCAGGUGCGCGCGCUGGCGCCGGCGACCGCGGCGGAAGAAGCAGCGGGGCCCUCCCCCGCCCCUCUCAACGUGGACUACCUGGCCGCCGAGUUCGCCGGCCACGGCGUCAGCUUCGAGCCCGUGGGCAGCAGCUGCGCCGUCAAGAUGGCGCUGCGCAACGGCAGCGUGGCCCACGUGCUGCUCCCCAGCGGGCUCGUCACGUCCUACAAGCCCGCCAUGUGGCACGGCACGGUCACGGAGGUGCUCCACACGAACGUCGCCGAGGGCCCCGGCGGGCGGGCCGUCAUCCGCGGCGGCGUGUCCGUGGACCUCCGUUGCGCUGGCGGCGAUGGCGGUGUGUGGUCGCCGAGCGCGAGCGGGGCGUGGUCGCUGCGCGACGUCCGGGGAAACCCAACCACCUCCAUCGAGAUCGAGCUCGCGUCGGCGGCGCCGGGGAGCGCGGCCGCGGCGAGGUGCGUGGUGACGCUGCACCCGGAGGCGCUGGCCACGGAGCUCGCGGUGACGAACGGCGCGUCGUCGCCGAUGGCACUGACGUGCGCCGUGCCCAACCACCUGCGGGUGAGCACCCCGGACGCCACCUACGCCCUGGGGCUCCUGGGCUCCGACUACCGCAGCGUGGAGCCCGCGCUGUCGGAGUUCAGCAUCAUCCCACCGGACUACGGGGCCGUGCAGCAGUCCGCAGCAGGGACGGCAGCGCGGCACCGGUGGGCGAACAGAGGCUUGGACAUGAUCCUCUCGGGCGGGCAGGACCGUGGCGCGGCGGACGAGUCCGACGGCGAGGAGGACGACGACUACAAGCACAUGACGGAUGUCAUGUGCCGUGUGUACAGCAACGCGCCCAAGGAAUUCACCAUCAUCGACAGGGGCAGGAGGAACUCGGUUCGCUUGCACAGGAAGGGGUUCGAGGAGCUGUACGUCUUCAGCCCGGGAUCCCAGUACCAGUGGUACGGCAAAUAUGCAUACGUGGUCGUAGGGCCUGCCAUGCUGGAGCCUGUGAUGCUGGGACCUGGAGACACGUGGCAGGGAGCUCAGCACCUGCUCAACCCCAAUCUCUAGGAAUGCUAUGUGGGAGAACUGAUGACCCUGGACAUGUCACAUGUUCGUGUACGUGUAUCCAGAUCAGCAGAUGAGGCCAGGCGAGACGCAAAAUAAUUGGAAAUCCAAAUAAUUAGCGAGUACAGAUGUUGGAAAUGCUGUCCAUAGUGAAUUCCUGAUGACAGUGUUCAAUAUUAGAAUUAUUGGUCGAUGUCGAAUGCGAUAAUGCAAGGUGACCCGCGACCGAACAACAUCUGCAUCAGUGAACACCACCACAACGUUAAUUUCACAUCAGACCUGACUGACUAGCAAACAUCUAUGUCAGGUGAAAGAAAAACAUAUAUAUUGAUCAGUGAAGUAUCGAGAAUAGCAGCAUUUGCUUCA